UGCCGAAGGUCACCGAAUCUUUCCGAACGGCAGCGCAAAUAAACGAACGUUUUUGCGUACCUGACAUAUUGCACUUCGAAUUCUAAAACUACUUUGAUUAUUUUUCUAAACUACGAGAAAAUUGUGACUUUAUUUCUUCCCUUUGAUAAACUUCACUAAAUUGUGCAUUCACGAUCGAUACACUACAAGAAAAUAGGAAUAGAAUGCGACAGAAACGGAAUGUAAGCAAGACGAACUUUGGUUACGAACUGGUCAGUCGGCGAGUGGGCAGUUAGGCCCAAGAGGGAGUGAAGAAUGAUAGUUAAUGAAAACCUGGAGAAUCGUGAAUACUAGAUGCAGCCCUGAGUCAGAGUCAGACGGGGAGAAGGAAGAAAGUAAGAAAAGCAGGAUCCCAGAUAUCAGUGUCGUUGGAAUGUUAUCGAUACGAAUGGUCGUUCUUGAUCUUGUCCCGAACAAGAUCGUUCUCCAGUACGGCCGGAAAGCCGAUUGUCCUAGAAAACGAGAUUCUACCGGUCGGCGCCUGGCCCGCAGUUGUGCAAUUGCCUUCUUAACGACUUCGACGUCGACCUUCUCGCGUAUAGCUUCACCACUUUUUUGUACAAGUUUACUUUUUCCCGAUAUCCUUUACUUCGUCCACGUCUUAAUUGUCGAACGGAAACGGGCGACAACCAAUUGCUAACCGUUCGUCGCUAUACCUCGUAAUUUAUUAACGUGUAAUUAUUGAAAAUAACUGAGUAUCAGUCUCGGUAACCGUUUACAUUGGUCAUUACGGUCAAGAAUACUAUUAGAGGAAUAGUACGGUGAAUUUGUUAAUUUUUUUUUCUUUUUUAUUCGA